CUCGCUGCUACACGUGACAUGUUUUCACCUUUACAUUUUCUUUACCAAUGUUUGCCUUUCUGGUAAUAUUUCUGUUAUAAAAUUUUCUACUGAAAGUAAGCCGUUAUUUUGUUAUUUAAAAUGACGUCUAGAGGGACACCUAGCCGAUUUCUGAAGAGUGUUUUACAAAAUGGAGUCGGGAGAUACGUUUGUCAGUUGAAGCGACUUUCGCUUGUGUUUUCUAAAGAUUCGGCCAACUCGUUGGGCGUCAGAGAGUUUAUUGAAGAUGGUGUUGUUGAUUUUGCAAGACAAAAUCCUGGAAUUGUAGUGUAUGUUGCUCCUGAAAAAUGCAGUAUUCCCAAAAUUGUAGCAGAAUACUUAAAUGGUACAGUAAAAGAGGAGCCGGUUAACAGAAAGACUUCGGAGGAGAUCAGACAGCUCAUCAAAAAGCUGUCUGUCCAGUCUGGUUUGGAAGUAAUCAGGAUCCGCAAGCCCUUCCAUACGGACAGUCCCAGUAUCCAGGGCCAGUGGCAUCCUUUUGUAAACAGGUCUCCUUCGCUCCGAGUGCAGAGAUUUGUGAAAGAGAAGAGCAAACUGGAAAGCAGCUAACCACCCAUCAUGGACUGAAAUCUUUAUGGAGCUGUUAACAUUACUCUUUGUCACGUCCACAGCUUCUGUUUUUUAUUUUACAGAUUUAAAUCAUUGAUACGCUGAAUGCUAAUAAACACAAUUGGAUGUGGA